GCGUGGCAUCCCAACGGUCGGUGAGUGUCUCUCAGUGUAGUGCUCCACCAUCCCGUAUCCCCCGCAGUGUUUAUCUCGCGAUCGCCGCUCACGGCUUCGAGUUUUCCCGCCGUUUUCCCGCGCACACUUUUCGCGUUCGUUCGCCGCUCCCGCCGCGUGGGUUAUUUCUGUGUGAAAUUUGUUUCCAAAGGCAUUUGACUCAGGAGUAAUAGACGUGUAUGCAUCGACAAAGUUAUUUCUGACGAGAUCCUGCGCCGAAGAGCAGCGUUUAUGUGAAUUCACCGGGAUCUGGUCACACACCCCUUCGCCCUUUGAUUUCUUGGGCCGCCAAGAAUGAAGAAAGAACUGUACCACACAAGCAGAGCAGCCGUUCCAGUAUUCGUGUUUGUAUGCUUACUACAGAGUGUGACCAGCGAUGCGCCACUCCUAGAUGCUGCAGCACUACCCUUGGAACACAGAGGGAUCUAUGGGCCCCCUCUGCCCCCAGGACCGGGGCCCCUCCCUUCAGGGAAUGGGAUAGGGCCUGGCCCAGAUGAUCCCUGGCCGCUAGCCACGCCGGACCAGCCUCAAAUCAAACAUCUUCAAGUGCAGUGUGAGAAAACUCACAUGCGAGUCAACAUCGAGUUCGAUCGGCCAUUCUAUGGCAUGAUUUUCUCUAAAGGAUUCUACAGCGAUCCUCACUGCGUGCACCUGAAACCAGGCACCGGACACUUGAGCGCAACGUUCGAGAUCUUCUUGAACAGCUGCGGCAUGUCCUCGUCGGCCAACCACAACGCUCACGGCGGCUACACGACGCCUAGCGGCAGCUACGUCGAGAACACCAUCAUCAUCCAGUACGACCCGUACGUCCAAGAGGUCUGGGACCAGGCCCGGAAGCUCCGCUGCACCUGGUACGACUUCUACGAGAAGGCCGUGACGUUUCGGCCCUUUCAGGUCGACAUGCUCCACGCCGUCACCGCCAACUUCCUCGGAGACAACCUGCAGUGCUGGAUGCAGAUCCAAGUCGGCAAGGGACCCUGGGCCUCGGAAGUGUCCGGCAUCGUGAAGAUCGGCCAGACCAUGACCAUGGUCCUCGCCAUCAAGGACGACGAGAACAAGUUCGACAUGCUCGUCCGCAACUGCGUCGCCCACGACGGGAAACGCGCCCCCAUCCAGCUCGUCGACCAGCACGGCUGCGUCAUCCGACACAAGAUCAUGUCCAAGUUCCAGAAGAUCAAGAACUUCGGGCCUUCCGCCUCCGUCGUCUCCUUCGCCUACUUCCAAGCCUUCAAGUUCCCCGACUCCAUGAACGUCCACUUCCAGUGUGUCAUCCAGGUGUGUCGCUACAACUGCCCUGAACCCCACUGCGGCGGCGACUACGCCGGACCCCAGCUCGGCGGCAUCGGCGGUGGAGAGUACGGACCACCUCCUCCUCCACCUCAAGGCGUGCCACACCAAGAAUACGGAGUACCCGACUACGGCGGUCUUGGCUUCCCGGACCCCAGGCAUCCCUCAGGGCCCACCGGCGCUUACUCCGAGCAGAAGUCCGAAGUCGUGCCACCCCCGAGCGGAAACGGAAACAGCAACAACAACGGCAACAACAAUGGUAACGGCAACAACAAUGGCAACGGAACGACACCCGCCACGUUCUCCACGCAGAAGACUUCGCCCAGCAAUAGCAUCAACGAAGCCAACGACAUUCACCUACCUCCUCCACCACUACCCGGUCACCAGAACACCUACACGACUGUCAAGCGGAAAGGAACCGUCGACGACGAGGGCAACCUCGCCGUUCUGGGAGGUCGACCACGGUCGGUCGAGAUCCCGGUCGACAGUAGUCCAAGGCGGCGGAGGUCGCCGGAGAUCGUGCGCACCAUCGUCGUGUCGCACGUCUACAAGAGAGAAGCUCAAGAAAUGACUGAUGUAAACACUAGUAGAACUAUUCAAGUGGUCGCCCCCGGGGACGUGAACUUCGCCCUGAACCCGGUAGGGAGCGCCAGCAACGAGACGGUGGUGGUUUCCUCGCGGACCACGGAGGCCGACAGUAUAUGUAUAAGUGUGUCCAGUUUCGUGGCCGGGCUAUCCAUGCUCCUGGCCAUCCUAGUCGUUGCGUGCCUUGUCGCCGCUUUCCUCUUCGUCCGCGUCCGGACCCUCGACCGCAAGGGAAUGACCGCCACCUUCGUCCACGGCGGCUUCGACCCCUCCGAAUUCGUCAAAGUGACCAGUUAGUGAUACUAUAAUUUGCCAUGUCUCCCUUUCCAUACGGCUCGAAUCGACCCGCAGCGUUUUCCCGCACCGGAAUCCCAUUGACUCCGGUGUUGAGCGGGAAGAUGGCGUGUUGAGUUGAUUUUGAGCCGAACGAAGCGAUGACGCGUCGCCAUAUGAAAAGGGCGUUUUACAGGACCUGCCCUGGUUUAGGAACUUAAAAUUAGGAGGUCCUCAUAGAUUAUCACGGGAAAAUUUAGGCUUCUGACUUAAAACUAAGGUUACUGGAAAUCAUAUUCUAGUAAAAUGUAAACUUCAUCAAUGAUCCUCAGAGCUAAGAUCUUCAAUGAUCAUUAACGCAGCGUUGCCAGACUGACAUGGUCAAUUUUUGUUUCUUUACCUGGAAUCUUGAGUAUUUUGACACGAAAUUCCAGGUAAAGCAAGGGAAAACGAACCAUUUAGCAAUCUGUUAGCAUUACUUAGUUGAUCAUUAAUUAUUUUCUCGAACUUCAGAAGAUCAUUGAGGAGGUAUUAUUUUCACGAUUGUUACAGCCUUGAAACUCUCUAAAUAGCCUCAUAGUUACGAUUUUCACAAACUGCUAUAUUCUAAUUAAGUUUUGGUCAUUUCACUUUUUUAGUCAGAAGUCUAAAAUUUUCUGUUCAAUCCUUCAAUUUAGUUCUAAAUCAGGGAUUACCUUAUUUGUGGCCCGCGUGUCAACGCGUUAGAACAUUCAGAAAACUUUUUUCAAUAUAUGUAAUAAGGAUUAUAGCCUCACGCGAUUGUUUUUUUUCAAUGAAUUUUUUGGUCCUAAGAGGUUCAGUUUCUCGAGCGAUUGUCGAUGAUGUAACCAAGCGGUCCUCUAAAACUUCAGUCGAACAGAUUAAAUAUUUUAGAUUAAUUUUUAAAUUCUUACUUGAAUCAUUAAAGCUCUACAUCAUCGGCAAUCUUUCAAGGAAAACUCUCUAGUCUUUUUCACCCAGCCUUAUUGUACGAAGGCAGAUAUCCGUUUAACACGGACCAUUUUCUCAAUGAAGUAAUAACGACAAUUACCUAAGAUACGAUGUGUGAUCGACAGACUUCCGGAAAGCAUUACUGGAUGUUUUAUACAUUGCAAUGAGAAUCCACAGGGGAAGUAAAUCUUUAAACUUGCUCACGAACCAUCAUUACCAUAAGUUCAUCUACAUAAAAAUCUUCACGGCCGUGAAAUUGAAUUUUUCUCAAUUUGGAAACGACUGUAAUAUAUAUUGUUUGAAAUCUUUGAUCGCGAAUAAUGCAAUGGACGUAUCUAGGUCACGCGAAUCAAGCGUCGUGCAAGUUUUGAAAAAUUUAGCCAUUUCUAAAUACCACUUUGUUUGGACCAUUAUCAAUUGGAGCUUUGACAUGCUUAACAGUCAAAUUCAAUAAAUUAGAUUUUUAUGUAUUUUUCAAUGUUUACACCUCUCUAGCUUAUAGAGUCAGUUCUGUGAAGUAGUUUUGAUCUUCCAAUAAUGAUGACAUCGUUUCUUAAUGAGCACAGUACCAUCUAUGCAAGAUUGUGCGAAUGGUUUACACAAAAGAGAAAGGCAAUAAUACCAAAGGAUGGAGUAAAAUAUAGAAAAUUCCUCAAAGAAAUAAACAAAACUCAGUGAAGUUUGUACAUCAGAGUAAAGCCAUAAAUAUUGAGUAAUUUUUUUUAACUAACCCGAUAACUUAACAUCAAUUUAUAUCGUAAUAAAAAGGUACACCAAUAAAAAAAAAUUCUUGAGUUGAAAACUACACCAAUCCACAAGGGGCUCGUAAUUCUAUCCAAUUAUGAUCUAUUUUGUAAAUCUGGAGGAUUUUAUUGUGAAAAUUGCUGAGCUUUGUUUUGUUCAGAAGUAUAAAAACGAACUGACUCCAUAAAGGGUUUUUCAUUCUACCAAUGUAAAUGACCGACGGUGCUCUCAAUAGAGAAUGCUAACUGACUGAACCGUAAGCAUCUGUAAAAAAUAUCGCUUGCUAACUUACUUUACAUUAGUUAAGAAGUGUAAAAAAAUAGUUAUACACACGAGUAGUUGCGCGUUAGCAUAAAUUGUUUUCUACAAAUAUCUCCAAAAAGAAUGCAGAAUGUCGGCAGUCAUCUUGAAUAUUUUCAACUAUCAUUGAAUGUAAGAAUUAUUAUUGCUUGAAACAUAACUCCCACUUCAGUGGAAACUUUAAAUGAAGGUUAAUUUACCAACUUUUCUAGAUAAAACUAUCGUUUCGUGAAUGAAAGUGAGACAUUUUAAGAGUCCCUGAUCAUCAAAAAAUAAAAAAAACCUGAAUUCGACCUGUUUCCUCCAGUGUUUCAUUCAUUCUUUCUUUAAUUUUUAUUUUAAUAUUUGUUUCUCUACUUACGCUUGUUCUCAUGUUGUAUUGAAUACACUGAAAGUCCAAGUACUUGAUUUUUAAUCUUACUUGAUGAGGACUAAAGAACAAUUUUUCUUCCUAGAAUUUAUUAAACAAAAUGUGUCGCUCAGAAUCAUUUUAAACAAUUGACCGCAUUGAUGGUUUCAUUUUUUCCUCCUUCUGAGUAGGGUGAACGUGCUUUUUAUUUUAAUUACAUCUGAACGAAACUCUAUGAAGAAUACAUAAAGAAAAGUCCAAUGUUCAUCAUUAUUUUCAAAUUAAAAUUAUUUUCCAAUGCAGAUGCAUCUUCGGAAAAGACUUAUCAUACACAUUGGAUGGUGAAUACACUCUAAUAAAUUUUAAUUUACCAAAUGAGGAGAAAUCAGGCGCAUUUGCUCGGUAUUUUCUCUGAGAUCAAGUUACGCAUCGGAGAUUAUAAAACCAUAAUUAAUGACAUCGAUCCAACCUCUUAGUCCACCUCAUUCUCCGAUUGAUAGUUUGUUGUUCUUGCACCAGAUUCUAUGCAAUUCUUAAGUUGAAUGAAGGAAGCGCAGGAGAUUAACAUUGUGUUUUUUUAUUGUUAAGAUUACUGUCUUAUUGGCAAGUUAGCUGUAGGGGAUAUCGUGUUAGAGACACAAAAAUCAAAAUCUUUAACUCUUAGAUGAGUUAAGCCUUUAUUAUAAUUAGUAUUUUGUCAUACUUGGUAAUGUCCGUGGAAUGCAUGUUGUAAAAAAGCCAUAAUGUGUUUCUCAAAUUGCUAAAAUCAACUCGGUCAUAGAAAUUGUAUUCCCCGCAUACGGGACAAUUUGCUGCCAAUGCUCUUGUAUAUACGUGAAAUUGAACUCUUGCAAUUGAUGACAGGACUGUAAUAUUCCCGCCAUCCCUGGAUUUCAACUUGUGUAAUACUUUGAUUAAUUUAUUUAAUUUAUAAUUUAUACAUUUUCUAUGUUGUAAAUCUGAGUCAUAGGAGUUUUAAACAUUUAAGUGACGGAUUUUAUUUACAAAUAAAUUUGUAAUGUAUACUUAAGUGCCGAUUCCAAAGAUUUGUAUUAUUGAAAUUCUAUGACAUAUCUGUAAAUGGUUGAGUGCUCCUCGAACUUUGUAAAAUUGUUGAAUGUUUGUCUGUGGACUUUGUGUGAUUUGUUAUUAGUUCAUAAAGUGUAUGAUCAAUGAUCAGAUUAGAAUUUUUCUCAACACUUUCCCCCGUCUAUCCAGAUUCCUACCCUCUUUAUAUCGCUUCCUUCUUAUCUAUUUAUUUAAUUUAUUUAUUUGUUUCUUUCUAACAGUUCACCCCCCGUUAACACCCAUGUUCUUUUCCUCUUGUCUUUCCUCUCUAAAUUUAAUUUCAAAUCUUGUAUUAAUUUGUAUAAUAAAACUAUUUAAAUUCUA